UUUGUGAGCAACGCAACGUAACGCAAGGCAGCGAUAUAUUAUUGAACGGCUCGACGUAGCGAAUGACGGGUUUAACCAUGUUGAUUCUAUAAACAGCCCCUAUGUGUAUCAGUUCAAUUGAAAACAGAAUUCAAGUGAAAAACAACAGUGCGAUUCGAAAAUCGACAAAAUAACAUAAACAUAAAAAGUUUCGAAUACGAAAAUCAACUAUAUGAUUCAAUUUAUUUAAGCCGACUGACAAGCACCGCUGGGACUCUGGGAAAAUGUAUUAGACGAGCAAGGCGAAAUACUUGGCUGAAAAUGUUGCAACGCCCGCAUUGGCAUUUGGCCACAUAACGCUACCCCCAUUCAGCAUCCUGUGAGUCCGAGAGUUGAGUGUUUAAAGCAUGGCGACGGCCACAUCAAUGGAACUCAUCAGCUGCCUGGUGCUGCUGCUCGGCCUGCUUAUCCACAGCGGCUACUGCAUAGACUGCUUCAAGUGCGUUUCGUAUAACGGCGCCAAUAGAGCGUGCGAUGAUCCGUUUCAUAAUAAUUAUUCCACCGCCAUACUCGAGUCGCCCUGUAUGGGCGGUCGCAAGGGUCGCGAUGGCCUCUUCCCCGCAACGGCCUGCAUUAAAAUCGCCGGCUAUUAUGAUGACACCGGUGAGACGAUAACAGUGCGAGGCUGCGCCCUGGACAGUGGCACACUCACAACAGACACGGAGCUCAUAAGAAUGUCGCAUUGUGGUAAAUUCUACUAUGACAACAGAUACGUACACGGCUGUCUUCAGAGCUGCAGUGAUGCGGAUGCCUGCAAUGGCAGCCACCCAAAGGACGUCGAAUCCGUGCUACUUAGCAUCGCCCUGCUGCUCUUGGGGGCUGCAAGGUAGCAGUAAGAGCAGCAAC